CCUCUUACCCAAGCCUCAUUCUGCGAGGAGGCAGUUUACUACGGAAAGUGUCCUUUGGAGUAUCUUCUUCCAAGGCCCACAACCGCACGAUAUUCGAAAUGUCAGAACCCAUACCUAUACCAGGCGCGAGGCAGGAGCAUGCGCUUGACCCUACCAAUUUGUCGCCUGAAAUAUCUCGAACCACGACGGGAACGUCCUCUACCGGCACGACGCCUCCGGACGUCACCAAAACACCCGUUCUCACUCCCUCGAGUCCGGGCAGUCCACGAUUAUCGAGAAAUCCAUCAUUUUCGGGGAGCAGCUCCUACCAGGAGGAUUGGGAAGCAUUUCCACCGCUAGACAGGCUCACGGUCUUCGAUUUAUUAGACAACUUCGCGCUUCCUCAACAGCUGGAAAAGCUGCAGAGGAGCCUUUCUGCGCAGACAGAGAAGGUACGAAGACAACGAGAUGUCCUGAAGACCAGAGGGUCACACGCGAAAGAAAGAGUCGUUGAGGAAUGGCGGAGACGCGUUCCGCCGGCGGAUGAGCAACUCGAGAGAUACAGGAAACGAAUGCGGGAGAGCGUCGACAGAAUCGGCAGACGUUGGAACGAUACUAAGACAGUCACCGCUCGGGAAAAGAUAUCCUUCAUUUGUGGAGUCUUGAAUGUGCUCAUCAGCGGAUACUUGAUCGGAGGAUACCCGGAGUACUUCCAUAUCUGGUACACCUUACAGCUGCUGUACUUCAUGCCCAUUCGUUGGUACACAUACCAUCGGCGGGGUUACCACUACUUCCUGGCUGAUCUCUGUUAUUUUGUCAACUUCUUGUGCAUGUGCACUAUAUGGUUCUUUCCCAAUUCGAAGCGACUCUUCAUCAGCACAUACUGCCUCGCCUUCGGAAACAACGCCAUUGCCAUCGCCAUGUGGAGAAACUCGAUGGUUUUCCACAGUUUCGACAAGGUAACCAGUCUGUUCAUUCAUAUAAUGCCCUGCGUCAGCCUCCACUGCCUUGUCCACCUCAUCCCCGAAGAGCUCCAGCAGCAGCGAUUCCCCGCCAUCUGGACCAUCAAGAACUCGCCCCCGGGUUCAAAAACACACUACUCCCUCCUGGCGAUGACGCUAUGGUCUACCAUUCCCUACGCAAUCUGGCAACUAUCCUACCACUUCAUGAUCACUGUCCGACGCCGCGAGAAGAUCGCAGCAGGAAGGCCCACCUCAUUCACAUGGCUCCGAAAAUCCUACUCCAAAGCCUGGAUCGGGAAAUUCGUCCUCUCACUCCCCGAAUCCCUUCAAGAACCAGCAUUCAUGCUGAUCCAAUACACAUACGCGGUCUUAACCAUACUCCCCUGUCCCAUCUGGUUCUGGUACCGCUAUGCGUCUGCGACCUUCCUGCUCGCUGUCUUCUGCUGGUCCGUCUACAAUGGCGCAACGUAUUACAUUGAUGUCUUUGGCAAGCGGUUCCAGAACGAGCUUGAGGCUAUGAAGCGCGAGGUCCAGAAGUGGCAGACCAGUCCCGAUAUGAUGACCAGUCCUCUCAUGACGCCCAAAAUCGACGGCGGGUUAGAGUCAGGUGUCGUAUUGGAAUCAGAAGAGGCGAAAGAGAAUCACAGCCGAAGCACAAGCGUAGAUAAGAUCCCACUCCUCAGUGAGAGCGGACUUAGUACUGGGAUAGACGGUGGAGCAAAGGAUGUAGCGAAGGAGAGGAAGAUUGGAGAAUUGCCUGCCUGAUUUCGUCUAGCAUGGAGUUGAUUAGCAUGGAAUGAGUUGCAUUAAAUUGGCUACAGAGGUUGGAGCGGCGACGUUUUACAGAACCCGCGUUCUUCGUUUCUCUUCCUAGUAGAGGAGAGUUGUUUGAGUUUCUUUCUCACUCUCGUUCAUUCGUUCAGCACAAGGUGCGGGCAAAGGCAAAUUGGCACAGGGGCAGCGGAGCAGCGGAUAUACCAGGCGUUAGGACGGUUUGCUUUCAUCUACGCUUAAUAUAUACGAUUCAAGAUCUCACUUGUCUGCUCAUAAUCCUUUCUAUCAACUCUGCACAUCAUGAACAGGAAGUGGAAGUGAUAGUCACAUCUCUAAAUAGUUGA